AAGUAAUUUAAAGCCACCUCGCCCACUCCUUCCUUUUCUUCUUCUCCUUUUCCUUCUUCUUCUUCCACGGAAAAUUUUGAAGAAGAAUACUAAGGAUGUCGAUUGAGUUGGAUAGUAAGCCGGCCGGAUUGCCAGGAGGCGGCAAGUCGUGCGCCGGCGUGUUGGUCACGAAGGAGGUGGACGGCGACGAUUUGAACGCCUGCAGUUCGUCGUCGUCGAUCGGGACGAACAGCGAUCUAGGCUCCGACGGUGAGGAUUUCGGCGAAAACGAGGCGCAGAGUUCGUAUAGAGGGCCUUUGGAUAUGAUGGAAGCGUUGGAGGAGGUUCUGCCCAUCAGAAGAGGCAUAUCAAAUUUCUAUAGUGGGAAAUCGAAGUCCUUCACAAGUCUAGCAGAGGCGUCCUCUUCUUCCUCCAUUAAAGACGUCGGGAAGCCGGAAAACGCCUACACCAGGAAACGGAGAAACCUGCUUGCCUUCAAUCAUGUGUGGGACAAGAGCCAAAAUUUGAAAAGUCAUAUGGGAGGGAUAGCAAAGAGACCACUAAGCUCCAGUCGAAGCACAUUGGCUUUUGCAGUUACCAUGAGCAGCUCCGACGGCAUCAGUAGCUCAAGUGAGGAUUCGAGUUCACGGUCUCCGCCGCAUCUUCCGCCACCACACCCACGAGGUAGAUCGGCGAGACGGAAUAUGUCGGUUUGGCCGUCGUUCUCGUCGGCCGAUUUACAACAAUGUGGCACUCUUGCAACUACUGGUGCGUGCACUACUUAUGAAUUGUUGACAGAACCAGGCUUACCAAAAUAAUUUCCUUGUUGGAAGGCAAUGUGAAAGUCAUACAUCUAAUGUCUCUUUAGAAGAAGACACAUGAUGGACAAUUGCGUCUGCUGUUCCUUCUCCUUCUUUUGAGUAAUUUUACACGGCAAAGAAUGUUCAAACUCACACGUUUAAAGAAACCUUUUGUAUAGAGUGAUUAACUUUUUACAUUGCCUUU